AUGGCCGAGAAUCAAGGUAUCCCACCGUCACAGAAAGCUGGAGACCCUGAAAUGCCCGCAGUACCAAUGAUCCAGGAAGGUCAGCCCCCGAGGCCGGCCAGUCCGCCGAACGAGGAUGGCCCCGACGGUAGGGUAUCAGGGACGGAUGACGGCGAUGUUUCGGACGACAAAGGCAAGGCGCCUCCACCCGCAAAUCUCCCACUUACAGCGACUGUAGCGGACAACACCUCGUUAGAUAUGCCGUCGACCGAUACCGAGGAAGCCUCUCCGAGCAGUUCACCGCCUCAUUCCGAGACAGUGGGUGCCGCUACAGGCCCGUCAAUGCCGACCAUCAACGAAGGCGAGGCUCUUUUGUCGGCUGCUUCGACGAACCCUCAUGGAGGAACCAAGGAUAUGGGGAAUCCCCUCUCUUCAAUGUCUAAAUUGCCACUCCAACCUCUGCAAUCAAAUCCCGUGAUCCUAUCGACGCAGAGCUCGUCAGCAACACUGGCACCUCCAUCAUUGUCAUCGGAUGGACGCAAUGUGCUUUCCAAUAGAUCAUCGGCCGCCACACUGAUACCAUCCGCAAAUGAGGGCAGCCCUACCCCUCUUCAAUCAGCAAUUCAUGGUGGAGGGUCUGGAGCAGCUGCCAUGGGCGGGCAAGGGACUGCAGCACUCUGGGCAGCUCGCCGUGGUGCGGCCGGUGCAGUCGGCGCUGGGACUGCUGGGUUUGUGACGGGAGACGGCCUGGGAAGCUCAAAUGUCGGCCUCGGUCCUGGCGUUUUGCCCGCUGCGGGAGGAGCUGGCGCAAUGGCGGGGGCUGUUGCGGCGGGAAAGGCCGAAAUAUUCUCAUACUCGACCCGUAGCGAUCGAAUCAUCUUGGCCGUGUCUGUCCUGGCCGCCGUUUGCUCAGGGGCUGCUAUGCCCUGCAUGAACAUUGUCUUUGGACGUGUAUUUGCGUCUUUCACGGGGUAUUAUCAUCAGAACGGGCGUGCCUUGACCAACGAGGACUUUCGCAAUCUAAUCUUGGAAUGCGUUCGCUACCUGGUCUAUCUCUUCAUCGCCCGCUUCAUUUUCUGCUACGUCGCCUACCUCGGCUUCCGCAUCGUAAGUCUCCGCAUAUCGGCGACGCUCCGCCUGCAAUACAUGCGCGCGGUGCUCUCGAUGCGCGUAUCUGCCCUGGACUGCCUCCCGCCAGGCCAGACCGCAGCCGUCAUCACCAUGCUCGCGUCGACGCUGCAGCAGGGCAUCUCGGAACGGGCCGCCAUCUGCAUCCAGGCGACGUCGCUGAUCGUGGCCGCGCUCGCCGUCGCCCUCUUGCACGACUGGGAGCUGUCGCUCGUCACCUGCUCGGGCGUGGUGCUCAUCGCGGCCGUGUACGCCGUCACGACGCCGCUGCUCGUCCGCGCCAUGAACGCCGUCCAGCUCUGCGAGGUCCGCGCCAGCGCCACGGCCGCCGAGACGUUUGCGUCAGUCAGGAUGGUGGCGGCGUGCGGGGCCGAGGAUAAAAUGGCGACAAGGUAUGAUGGUUGGGUCGACAAGGGCGCUAAAGAGGGGAUGAGGUUGAGGCCGGUUUUGGCGUUUCAGCAGGCGCCUGUGUUUUUUGCGAUUUAUGCUACUUUUGCCUUGUGUUUUUGGUAUUCGCUCAAGAUGUACAUGGAGGGUCGCAUCAAGACCCCGGAGAGCAUGAUUGUCGUCCUCCUUUCCGUCAUGAUGCUGACCGGCUCCGUCUCGACCCUAACGACCCCGAUCGCCGCGGCUGCCCGCUCCGCCAACGCGGCCGCCGUCUUUUACCACGUCAUCGACGCCCCACGGCCCAAAACCAACGGGCUCUCCGGGCCAGAAGCAGCCCCGUUCGCGUCCGGGGACCUCGUCCUGACGCAUGUCAACUUUGCGUACCCGACGCGACCGCUGACAAAAGUGCUCGCGGACCUCAGCGUAUGCUUCCCCGCCGGCAAGACGACGGCCAUCGUGGGCCCGUCCGGGUCCGGCAAGAGCACGGUCGUGGCGUUGUUGGAGAGAUGGUACGAGAUGGAUGGCGAUCCGGUGGGCAAUAUCGAUGUUCUCUGGUUGAGGAAUGGGGUCGUCACGGCUGGAGGGAAGGCGCUCAAGGAGAUUGAUCUGUAUUGGUGGAGGAGCCAGAUAGGUCUGGUGCUGCAGGAGCCCUUUCUGUUUAAUGAUUCCAUUUUCCAGAAUGUUGCUUAUGGGUUGGUCGGGACGGAGUGGGAGGAGGUCGGUGAAGAGGAAAAGACCAAGCUUGUAGAAGAAGCCUGCAGAGAGGCAUUUGCGGAGGAGUUCAUCACACGGCUGCCCGAAGGCUACAAUACCCUGGUCGGCGACGCAGGCAUCAAGCUGAGCGGCGGCCAGCGCCAACGCCUCGCCAUCGCGCGCGCCAUCGUCCGCCGGCCCAAGAUCCUGAUCCUCGACGAGGCCACCAGCGCCAUCGACCCCGAGGGUGAGCGGAUGGUGCAAGCUGCGCUCGAGAACGCCGCCCGCGGCCGCACCACCAUCGCCAUCGCGCACCGGCUGUCGACGAUCCGCAGGGCCGACAACAUCGUCGUCAUGCGCGCCGGCGUCGCUGUCGAGCAGGGCACGCACGAGCAGCUCAUGGCCAAGGGAGAUGGCGGGGUUUACUUUGGGCUCGCGACGGCGCAGCAGCUUGGUGAUGGUGGUGGGGACGGGGAUGGGUCGGCGCGUGGUAGUGUCGAGAUGGAUGAGAAGAGUCGGGGUGGUGGUGGAGAUAGAAGCGCUGAUUUGGUGCUGGGCGAGGAGAAUAAGGAGAGCAGUGAGGAUGUCGUGGACCCUUUGGGUAAUUCAGUUGAACCAAGACUGUCAAGAAAUAAGGGGGAAUCGGCUGGGGCGGAACCAAAGAAAAGGAGAGGGCUGCUCGGGAGCUUUGGGAUGCUAUUGGGGGAACAGAUGUGCCACUGGCCUUGGUAUCUCAUCAUGGCACUUGGGGCUUUGGGAGGAGGAGCGAGUCCUGCACUCCAAGCAUACCUCUUUGCGAACCUGGUAACCCUCUUCCAGCUCUGGGGCGACUUUGCACAAUUACGAGCGGCAGCAAACUUCUGGUGUCUUAUGUUUGUCAUGUUGGCAACCGGCGUGGGCAUCAGCUAUUUUGCCCUUGCCUGGUCAGCAACCAGGCUAUCCUUUUACAUCAUCCCUCAUUACCGCAAAGAGUAUAUCCGCAACAUACUCUCCAAGCCCAUCUCCUUCUUCGACGACGACGCCAACUCGACGGGCGCGCUCGCCGCCCGUCUCGCCACGGACCCUACCCAGCUCCAACAGCUUCUGGGCAUGAACAUGGGCUUCGUCAUCGUCUCUAUUCUUUCCGUCAUCGGCUGCCUUGCUAUUUCUUUCUAUUUUGGCUGGAAGCUAACGGCGGUGACGGUGGUCACGACUAUGCCGCUGAUCCUCGGCGCGGCUUUCUUUCGCGUCCGGUACGAGAAGCGGCUCGAGAUCAUGGGCGCGGCCGUCUUUGCCGAGAGUGCCAAGUUUGCGACGGAGAGCGUCGGUGCUUUCCGGACCGUUUCGUCGUUGACGUUGGAAAAGGCCAUUUGUGAAAGGUAUAGGGUUUUGUUGGAGAAGCAUAUCAAGGAGGCGCUUCCGAGGAGUGCGACCUCGACCGUGCUGUUUGCUUUGAGUGAUAGCAUAGCGCUAUUAUGCAUGGCUUUUGUGCUAUGGUAUGGGGGCAAGUUGAUGGCAGACCAUGAGUAUUGGCCGUUUCAGUAUAUUGUUGUAUACAUUGCUGUUUUGCAGGGUGGAAUGGGUGCUGGACAAUGGCUCAGUUUCGCACCUAACAUCGCUCAAGCGACAGUAGCGGCAAAUCGAAUCGUAGAUUUGAGAAGUACCAAAGAUAACGACAGCCAGCUCUCGUCAGUCAACAGCGGCGACUUGGGCGAAGGAGACAAGGGUGUCAAGCUCGAGUUCAAGAACGUCUGGUUCCGAUAUCCGACGAGAGACGUGCCGGUACUGAAUGGCCUCGACCUUACAGUUGAAAAAGGGCAGUUUGCUGCUGUGGUCGGGCCUUCUGGGUCUGGAAAAACAACGGUGAUUUCGCUGCUCGAAAGGUUCUACAACGCAACCAAAGGAAGCAUUUCUUACAACGGGGUAGAAAUAUCACACCUCUGCCUGAAAGACUAUCGUAGAGAGAUAUCCCUCGUGGCCCAAGAGGCAUGUAUAUUCGACGGUUCCAUCAGGGAAAACAUCCUACUGGGUGUGGAAGAAGACAAGAUGCCGGCCAAGAAGCUGGAAGAAGCUCUCAUCCAAGCCUGUUGCGACGCCGAGAUACACGAGUUCAUCACCUCGCUCCCGGAAGGGUACGAGUCGGUGGUGGGCACGAAGGGGGUGGCACUAUCCGGCGGGCAGAAGCAGAGACUGGCAAUCGCUAGGGCCCUGGUCAGGAAUCCGAGGCUGUUGCUGCUGGAUGAGGCGACGUCCAACUUGGACUCGGAGACGGAAAAGGCUGUUCAGGCAGUCUUUGAGAAGACAAAAGGGUCGAGGACGAUGGUUGUCGUGGCACAUCGGUUGGCGACGGUGCAGAAUGCGGACGUAAUCUUCGUGCUUGGGGAGGGCAAGGUUGUCGAGAAGGGUAACCAUUCCGCUCUUCUGAAGAGGAAAGGCGUAUACUACCAAAUGUGUCAAUCUCAGGCAUUGGACAAAUAG